UACCCGGGUCAUGGACGAGUCAGACGGCUACAGGAUUCUGGUGGGCGGUUACCGUGGCAACGCCGGGGAUCCCUUCCACUCCAUGUCCUACGACAUGCGGAUGCAGAGCAUGCGCUUCUCCACCUUCGACAGCGACAACGACCUUGACAAUGGCGGCAACUGUGCUCUGACCUUCACCUCGGGCUGGUGGUUCAACAAGUGCUUCCAGAUCAACCUGAACGGCGUGUGGUACAGCAGCAGCCGCUACGCUGGCCCCAGCAUGAACGGGAUCGUGUGGGAUCUGUGGACGGAGCACUUCAAGGGUUACUCUCUCAGACACACGGAGAUGAAGCUCAGACCAGCGGACUUCCACGUCAAGAGAAGAUCAUAGGCUCAGCUCAAGGCUCACUGCACAAGCAAUGAUGAUGUGUCUUUUUCUGGUCCUUUGUUGUAGGCUAUCCCCCCCCCCCCCCCCAACCCAUUUUCUUUUUUUGCCUUUCAGAUCCAAGAUGUUAAUCAACAGAAAAAAAUUAUUAUCAGAUUGCACAUGAUUAUGGUAGUUCAAAAUGUUAUAGACAAUUAAUUUCUUUAUGAAGAGCCACGAGAGGCAGAGAAGGAACAUUCUUGUCUGUGGUGGUGAUCUAAAGAUGAUAAAGUUGAUGAUAACAAUGGUGAUGACAACGAUAGAAAAGCAGUAGGCCCUACAUCUUGAAUGGCCCCCACAUCACAACAAAAAAAUGUCCUGAGUCCCCUAAACAGCAACAUGUCUUAAUAAAUGCCAACAUUUAAAAAAAAAAAAAGAAUCACUAUGCUGUGUCAAAAGAACCCAUCUCACUAAAGAAGCAUUUUGUUUAGAAGUACCUAGAAACUAGAACAGAUCCCUCCCAUCCAAAGAAGCAAUGCCUUCAAUGUCUCGUUGUUAUUCAAAAUAAAUUAAAAGACACCAUAUCAUUGAAAUUUC